UAUGGCAAACGCGAAGUAGUGCAAACGGUAUUCGUAACGUUCGUCGACGAGACUUUCCCUACAUGUUACAAGAGAGUACAUAUUUCUUUAUAUCUUGAAGAUUUACCUAAUUAACAUGGUUAAAUUUUGAAACGGUCUGCUUUCAUAUCAUUGCAAUUUUUUGAUCAGUGAGACAACUUAAAGAGUGUUUCAUGGAUUUCGUAAAAUGCUUCAAAUAUCAAUCUAUAAGAAAUUGUUGCGGUGAAAGGACCUCGAUGGAUAGCGAAAACGAGAACAACGAAUUUCCUAUUAAAGAACGUACAUUCCCUAAACGAACAAAUAAAAUUGGAGAUACGCAGAAAGUUGUUAAUACGGAGUUACCGUGUUUCGAUAAAAGCGAACGUUAUGACGAUUAUUCAAAAUUGAAUAUGCCAUUGUCUUGGCAUACAAAUGGGGAAAAUUCCAUGUACCAUGUCUCGAAAGCGUCUUAUGAUAUAAAAGAUCGAAUAAGCAACGAAUACGAACAGGAAGAAAUCCUUUUCUCUCCUAAGACGGGUGAAGAUAUAGACUUUCAGUGUCCUAGAUGUAGUAAAAGGAUGCAAGAGCCAAGACUUCUUCCUUGCUUGCAUCCUAUAUGUUCACCGUGUGUUUCAGAAUUAAUGAGUAAACCUCUUUAUACUUCCAUGAAAGGUACUAGAACACACGGUGUACUGUCGGAAGAUCGAACAAGUAAUUUCUACGAAUUGUGUUCCUUGUGCGACUUUCGAUUACCGAAUGUUAAUUCACCAAUUCCACCCCCACAUUAUCCUCUUCAGCAUCGUUUGGUUAUGGAUGCUAUACGCUGCAAACUCGCGAAUAGAGUCCUUUGCGACACUUGUACGGACGAAGUUAUCGCACAUGUUCAGUGUUCCACGUGCCUUCGUAAUUUCUGUUCGGCUUGUGGAAUAGAACAUCAACAACAAGUCGUCAUGGAAUUGAGACCAUCGAAACACUUAAUGAGGCCGAUUUGGGAAGCUACCAAAGUACGACGUACCGCGCUCUGCCAAAAACAUCCUACACACGCAUUGCGGUUUUAUUGCAUUGCAUGCCGACAGGUGACAUGCAAAGAAUGUAUAUGGAGUACACAACAUAGAGGUCAUGCAAGCGAAAAUGCUGCUGGAGCUGGGAAAAGGGUUGCUCUGUACUUGACAUCGAUAUUGCAAAGGGCAAAAACGCUUUUAAAUCUACUUCUGACACAGUACAACCGAAAAUCGUUUAUGAGUGGUACCUUUGAAGAAAUGAAAGAUACUUUCAUUUCAAGGGAUUAUCGGUAUGUUAAACAAAUGGUAAUGUACUAUAGUUGAUAGUAUGGUACUAGUUAGCAUAAAAAGCAAGCUAGAUAGAAGUAUGAAUUGUCAUGUGAUGGUACAAAUUAAAAUUUGCUAGACUAAGAUCACAAUAUAUUGAGACUGUCAUUUGAGGUGCAAUUUAAGCAUUUCUGUGUUAUAUACAAGAAAUGGGGUAAAAAACAGAAAACUAUUCCAUUAUUUAAUUAAUGGUUUGGAAACAAAUAUUUGUAUAAAAUAUAUGUAUAAUGAUAUUUCACCAUUUGUAUGC